AAUAAUUGAAAUGUAACAAUUCUCCUCCCUCCAGUUUAUGAGAACAAAUAUUGGGAAUAUAAUUAAAAAGUAAUUGGAAGUUGCUUCAUGUAUGGCUGAGUAUUAGAAUCUCGUAGUCCUUCCAAAACAGAGAAACAGUGCAGCUAAUUUGACAAAUUUGAGAAUUUCUUGGCCAUGAGAAUGCCUUCAACAGCUCCAAUUUCAAUAAAGUCCCUUUCUUCCAAAUCAGAAGAAAAAUAUCAUCAUCAGUGCAUGUUCAUGAUUCAUAAUCAGCUACCAGGACUGUACUGUGGUUAUGCAUCUACCCAUGACGUCAAUGGAGAACAUUCUUUGGACAAGGAGCUUUGCAAUGCUUCUAUGCAAGCUUUAACUGCUGUUGGUUUGCAUGGUCAAAGCAAUGAAAACAUCUCCGAUAUUAAAUUUUGCCUUUUCUAUGUGGGUCGUCCUUUCCCGGUGCGUUUACUCUUCUCAACACGACAGCCCUGGAUGCCCCCUGAUAUCUUGUGUGACGACAACAACUUCAUGGACGCUAUCACUCUGGAAUUGAUGGAGGAUCAUUUGGUGAGUCUGAAGAGUUGGCAGGAGGGUCGCCAGGAAUGUGUUCAUCAACUGCUCACAGAGCUGCAUGGUCUCUACCAUCAGUAUCAGCUUUCUCUGCUGGACGCCAAUGACCCGCUGCUGAAGGAGCAAUACAAGGAGUUUCUGGAAGAAUUGCAGCUCAACAGUAGCGAUGUUGAGGUGAGCUGCGUAGAGGGAGUUAGCGUAUUGUGUGCCCGCCUGCCCAUCGACUUCAAUGACCUGCCAGCGCCGCUCUUCUCGGAGAACUGCGGGGCCACCCGAUGUGUGCUCAAACUCACCUCCAAUACUGGAUCGAACCAAUACGAGCCAUCUCUCUCGGUCUCUGCCAGAGCGGAGUCGUUACUGUUUGACGACUCGGGAGACGUCCUCAUCCUGCCAGCCAUCCCUGCCAACUGCACAAGUCUUGUGGCCUAUGCCUCCUCCGUCAUCCAGCUCAUCAAUGACGUCAUCAAACGUGUCCUGCAUUCAUAUGAGAUACGCAAGCAAAUCGUCGCUGAGUUAUUGUGCAAGUAUGACGCUGCCAUCUCCCACUACGACAGUGUCAGAUUCAAGAACGUGCAGCUGCUGCUCGAUGAGGAAGGCUUCCAUUACAUUGUUGACAUUCAUUUCCCUCACGGCUUCCCUCAGAAAUGUUCAGCUCGAGUCUACCUGCGCUCAAUCAGCCAAGAUGACAACGAUAAACCUGUGUCGGCCCCGGUGCCGAACAUGAACCACAUUGGCGAAUUGGACCCUGACGAGCUCCUGAGACAGAUCAUGAGUGCCUCUAUCGCCUUCGCCCCCACCUUCAGGAGACAGCACUGUCACCGAGUACCGUCCUAGAGUGUGGGGGAACACUGCUUCAGCAUGCUUUUCUAGAGCGCAGCACUAGAGGGCAGCAUUGUCACCGAGUGCCGUCUAAGAGUUUGGACGAGCACUGUUAUAGGAUGCUGUUCUAGAGCUCAGAACUACUACAAAGUUGUCCUUGAGCAAAAUACUACCAAGAGCAAUCCUAGAGCUGAGUUCUGCCACAUCAGAGCCGUGUAACGGAGCAUGCUUCAGCUCUAGAAAUGUUCUCGGCGCUAGAGACGCUGUUUCCUUUCCGAUCUUCCAUACUUUGCAGAACGGCUUUCACGUUUGACGUUAGUCUGUACUAUCUUGAGCUAGUCAGAUAUAUUGCUUAGUUUGUCUAUUUUUCGUAUGUAUAUUGGAUGAUGAGUUUAAUUUUGUGAUGUUUCCUUUAUCGGAUAUUUUUGCAUUGCGGUAAAAGUUUAGCAUUUCUUUGACUUAUGAAAGAAACAUAAAUCAGUCCAUGACGGAGGUAUUAAUUAUAGAUGAAUAUUUUGAGUGAAACGAAAGGUUUUCCGUCAUUUAUCGGCGUUGAUGCAUAUCAGCGUACUACAGGACGGUAUUGUAGCCAAGACCUAUAAGAUCAAAAAAUAGUGUUGAACCCAGAGGAAAAAUGUCGCUAAUCUUAUUUUUUUUUUCUUUUUGUUCCUUUUUGGCUUGUUUGUAACUCCUAAUUAAAAGAUGUUUAUUUUCA